ACCGGAGUUGUCCUAUUUCCAUUGCCGACUAGAUUCCAACCCCACACGUUUCGUUUAACUGCAAUUUUCUCAUUUCGGACUGAAAAUCCCUUUACCCACAGUCAUUCGUGUUAGUGAACGUUCAAUUCGGGUGAAUCUAAGUGAGCCAUGAGCUGCCGGAAUGACGCAAUGUGAUGUUAUGUGGACCAAUCGGGGAUGUUUAAAACGUGGAAAUUCGGAAACAAGGGCUUGGAUCCGCUGGGGCCACCGUCGUCCGCCGCGGUGUCGGCGCUACCGGCGCCUUUGAGCCAAGACCUGACAGCGCCGCGGAUUGACAGCUACCGCUUCUCCAUGGCCAACCUGGAGGACUCGCAUGAUGUCGAUCUCGAUGCGAUCUUGGGCGAGCUGUGCGCUCUCGAGAACGCCUAUGACAGGGAGAUCCAAGCCAGGGGGUUGCAGAGCAGUAACACACCAGCAAAUAGGCAUUCCGACUCACAACCAUCAUCGCACUACGACCCUGGAGGAGGCGAAGCAGGCGGAGGCGGCCGUCACUCCUACCAGCAUCACCACCGUUCCCUGAGUGAAGCUUCCUCCUCGACGACAGAAACCUCCUCAACGCCAGGCAGCGGUAGUUCCGGUGGAAGCCACGCCCACCAGGCCAACCGCACCGACUCUCCGGACAAUGACUCCGCCUUCAGCGACACCGUGUCCUUGCUUUCUGGCAGCGAAUCGUCGGCCAGCAGUGGAGGGGGCGGUGUUAGCGCUGCGGGGGCGGCGCUUACCAGGCAGUUGUCAAUGCGAUUGCAGGGGAUGCAACAGGAUGAAGCUUCGAGACUCAAGGCCGAAAAAAUACGAAUGGCGAUGGAGAAAAUCAAAGAAGCGAAUAUUCAGAAGCUGUUUCUGAAGGUAUUCACCAUUGACGGUUCAGCUAAGUCACUAUUGGUUGACGAGAAGAUGCUAUCUUCGUAUGUAACGAGGUUAUUGGCAGACAAGAAUCAUGUGCAGAUGGAUCCUAAGUGGGGUAUUGUGGAACAUUUGCCCGACUUGUAUAUGGAGCGAUUUUACGAAGACCACGAAAAUCUAGUUGACAACCUGCUACUCUGGACGAGAGAUUCUAAAAACAAAAUAUACUUCGUAGAAAGGGAAGACAAAAUAAAAUUAUUCCUGCAACCCGAGAAGUUUCUUUUAGCAUCCACAGAUAAAAAGGACAAUUCUGAUUUUGAUGAGCACUCAAGAAAUAUGUUGUUAGAGGAGUUUUUCUCAUCGACUAGCUUACCGGAUGUCGAGGGACCACUGUACUUGAAAGCUGACUCGAAGAAGGGUUGGAAGAAAUACCAUUUCGUACUCAGGGCAUCAGGGUUGUACUAUUUUCCUAAGGAUAAGGUCAAGUCUGCUAAGGAUCUCGUCUGCCUCGCUACAUUUGAUAAUAAUCAUAUGUAUUACGGCCUUGGUUGGAAGAAAAAGUAUAAAGCUCCAACGGACUACUGCUUUGCAAUCAAGCACCCGCGAUUGCAAGAGCCGAAAAGCACCAAGUAUAUAAAGUACUUAUGUGCAGAGGACCAAGCAACAUUAGAGCGAUGGAUGGUAGGCAUGCGGAUAGCAAAGUUUGGAAAACAACUGAUGGACAACUAUAGAAGCCUGAUGGAUGAGUUGGCUCAAGAAGAUCUUGACAUAUUGGCGCACGCACGCAGUUGUUCUGUCAGUUCUAUCGCAGUACAGUCGAUGACGUCCAAUGUUACUACACCCACGCAAGGGUACCCCGGCAGUGAAGCAGGUUAUGGGACACAAAGUGAUACGUACUCAGCGCCUAGUGAUUUAAGUUCUGGUAGACAUAGUAGGGCGAGCAGUUCUAGCUCGAGCGGAUGCAUGUCUGACGGAGCGCCAUCUAGUUGUGAGAAUGCAUUCGAAUCCGAAUUUCCUAUGGGCACAAUAAAAAGAAAACCUUCCAUGAAACCCAGUCUACCUCUGACAAACAUAACACGACAGCUCAAAGAAGUGGGUGAAACCCGCGACGAAACUGAUGACGUGGCAAUACCUUCAAGUCCUGCACUGUACACAAAUACCGGCACACUUACCAGAUGUCAUAGUAGGAGGAAAUCGAACCAUUCAAGUCAUUCCAGUGAUGAUUCUUCGAGUACUGGAACUCUAAAACGGCAUAACUCGUACAAAUCUAGAGGUUCCGUUGAGUCAAUGAGUGGUCGCAGCGGAAAUUCUACGCCUCUCUGUGGCACGCCAAUUCGAGAAAGGGCUUCGCCAUUUGGUGAAAGAAAUAGUCCAUUCAGUGAAAAACCCUCGAACGAUGAUGUCUUGAGGAAUUCUGUAUCGUCGCCAACGAAUAUGGAUUCAAUGCCUUCUUGUAUGAUGGAUUCAAUAACCUCCCUACCCCCACCCCCGGAAGUGAACGGAGACAUUAUCCUGCCAACCACGGCCGGAUAUCAACUUCCCCCUCCUCCCUCCGAAGUAUACGACUCGAAUCUGUCCCUAGACAGUCUGCCCCCACCGCCCGCUCCUGGCGAAUUACCACCCGUUUCGGGCAGCGAUCUGACGGGCAGCCAGUUGUCACUGAUGUCGUUGCCACCACCACCGCCUCCACAUGAGUACCAAGAAGAUAUGAAUGGAACUAUUAAAAGGCGGAAAGGCAGCAUAACUCCAACGAACCCCUUGAGCCCUCAACGCUCUGUGACAGCCUGCUCUUCUCCAGACCGGACCCCAACGCAGUCUCGACUCAACACUCCAGUGCACAGUCCCCCACAAUCUGUGUCCGGAUCUUCUUGUAGCACUCCAGUGCAGCCUCAUCCCCCACAACCGUCCGUUAAUGGAUGUUAUGCUCAACAGCAGAGAACGCCUGGUCAAAACCACGAUAGAAACGGAGAAGUCCCGAUUCAGCCUCCGGCCUACGUAAAUCCCCCGCUGUACAGACCGCAAAGUAGCACACUGCCAGCGAACACUAGCUUCAACCAAGUUGGAGCUCUGCGGUCCUCAUUGAGGCAAGUGACGUUACCCAGACAGAUAUCGUCGACGAGUAUAGCAUCAUCAACAAACAGUUCUGCUUCCUCAGGAAAUACGUCCAUCAAUAGCUACAGCACUGAGCAUAGCCUACAAAAAAAGGAGCCUACAAGUCCGAAAUCAAAGUCUGGAAAGAAGAUUAGCUUCAACUUGACUCCACAAGAGGUUCCUCCAUUGCCCAAAAAACCUCCUCCACCAAAAAGGGCUGAAACCACAAAGCUAAGCAGUCCCAAAAAAUUGGCUGAUCCACCUACUGACUUUCUGAAGGACCUUCAGAGAGUUAUGAGGAAAAAGUGGCAGGUAGCUCAAAAAUGCAAAUUGGAACCAGAAACUACUCCGCACGAAGUGCUAGGGUUCCGCGACCCACCCGCUCUGCUACCCGACUACAAAGAGCACAACGUGUCCAACUGGGUGAAAGAACACUACGGUACCAACAACCUAUACGAGAACGUGUACAGAGACGAGGACUGUCCCCCCUCUACUCCUCAACAGCAACAAAAGCAGAAACGACCGCCUCCACCUCCUCCAAAACGUAGCGAGACUACGCAACUCAGCAAAUGUCAACAGGCGCAGCACUGAUGCUGCAUGAUAUGUUGAAGAAAUUGAGCUAUUGUUCGAGAGAUAGCGCCCUUCAUUUUGUAAGGCUGAUAAAUGAUAGGUAGAACAUAGGGCUGGUUGUUCUAUAACCUCGAGAAGCAAAUUAUCAUACAUACCGAUACUGGCGAUACGAUUUUAUUUAUCUAAGCUAAAAACGUACGUAUUGCAAUAUGGGACCUUCACACUUUUUUUUAAAUGUCCCUGACACUAGUAAAUUGAAAUAUCGUGGCAUGUUCAUUUUAUUGUAUGCUUUGCAAAUUAAAAAAGAAAAGGAAUCAAGUUUUUGAGUUUAAAUACGCUGACUUUAUGUUUUGUUGUGUUUUAUAUCCUAUUUAUGAAUUGGCACUUUUCUGAUGUUUGACCUUAGUUUCCUCAAACGCCAGUCUAUAGUGCAAGUAUCCAUUGCGGUAGAAUGACAGCUGAUUAUUUAGUAAUAUUUCAAAGUUCCCCAUAUUGGCAAAGGGCACAUAAUUCUGAAGGAUCCGUCAAUGCCAGGUAGACAGAGCCAUAUUUUGUUUUAGUUUUUUUGUACGUUACAGUUUCAUUUUGUACUUGCUAAAAGCUCUUUUAUUUAGAAAAGUUCAUUUGCAUACAAAAACAAAACACUACAAACUGAUUUUUCUAGAUUUACAUCCGAUGCAUUAUUGCCAACGUUGCAGACCAACACAAAAAUGUUACUUGCUGAUCAGCUGAUGUUCACCUCAGUAAACAUCAAAACGCGAUGGGUACUCGUGAAAUAUGGUAUAACGUCAAUUGCGGGCACUUUUUGAGACAUUCAUCCUAUGUUUUAUUUUCUUCAAAUUUUUAUAUUCGAUGUGCAGUUAUUAAAUAUCACUAGUUUGCACAAUGCGUCGUUGUGGAUACAAACUUAUGCUGUAGUUGCCUCGCUGAUGAUUGAUGUCCUAGGUCCUUGCUUCACGCGUUGUCAACAUUGCUGCAUGGAUAAUAAUGACGUAAUGAAAAAAGGGAAAUCCUGCGAAAUAUGUAGACGAAAGUAAACAUUUCUUUCAUUUAACGAAGUACACAUGCAUUUUUGCUAUUCAGGGUAGUGUGCAAUGCCUUUCUGUAACGAUUUUUAAUUUGCAAAGAUAUUUUUUUGUGAACAAACCCACUGACCGUGCAAUACAACAAACAAAACUAUUCCAUAAAAUUGAUCUUACCCUUACAACGUUGUGUCCAGUUUUUCAUUUUAGGAAACUAGUGACAAGCUUAAGCUUUGGACCCACCCAAUUUAUAGGAAAUAAGGAAUACAAAAGUAUUGCUGACAUAUUCAGAAGACAAGCUACUUAAUAUGCAUUUUUAAAACAAACCCCUGUUUUGGUGUGUUUUUUGCUAACAAUUUUAUCUUCAUACAUUUACAAUUUUUAUCAUUCAAACGGCCGCCAGUAUCACUGUAACACAUUUAAUUUGUCAGUGUCAGUUUCCAUGUAGCUUAAUAAACGCAUGACAUUCGUGCUAGAAUGCAAUUUAUUACUGCCUAGUACAUAUAUUUAACAUCAUAGCCUGAUCCGGUGGCCUCAAUAUUAUGAAUACUGAAGGUUACUGCUACAUAGCACUCAAAGAUAAUUAAAGCCUAACGUCAAAAUAUACGACAAGAUUAGUAGAAACUAUUCGUAAGGAUUAAUCUUUUCUAAACAAAUCACACAGCUGUGUAAUUUGUUUUCAUAAACAAAUAAAAGACUGACAUGACCUUUGACCACAAUUUAGGCCAAUAUAGGUAAAUUGAGCGAGAAAGACUUGCAAGAUGCAUAAUGUUAAAACAAAUAUACAUAAGACAAUUAAGAUCCGUUGAUCUAUUAGUCUAAAUUUAAAGUGCAAAUUCUGUGGCUCUAUGAUAUAACCUAACGAAUUGUGACCAGGGUUAAAUCAAAAGACAAUUUUCUAAACAUUUUUAACAUAACCUUAGAAGCUUUUUGAUACGAUUUAGAUAGUGGAACAUCAACACUAAUUGACAUAUAUCAAUACAACUCAGCUUUUGCAAAGUGCUUUUGUUUUCAAGAUAUACAUUCACGAUUAAAGCUAUUACCAUAUUAAUACAGAAUAAAUUGGUAUUGAUAGUUGGUAUUGCAUUGUAUAAAUGAACUACUGGCUACUAUUCUAAUAUGAAACACGCAAACUGCUUUUAAACUCAUUUAAACCUCUAAAUAGUCAAAAUAUUUUUAGGCGCAGUGCACAAAGUUUGCGAAAAAUGCAUAACUGUAAUUGCUGUAAAUGGUCACGUUAAAGCAUUCAGUAUGGGAGGUCUUCAUGUUGUUCGGAUAUCGAAAUCUCAAAAUUUUUUCGGUUCGAAUAACGUUUGUUUACGUGCUAGCAGCGAAACGACAGACUAUGGUAAUAGUGAAUGUAGAAUCUGGAGGUAUUUCAGACAAAUGUCAUUUUGAAAGUAGGAUACUGAAAUGUCUUUAGAUAUAGCUCCGGCAAAGCAUUUUUAACCAAACUACCUACAUAGUUUAAUCAGCAUACAUUAACAUACAUUUGUAUAAUUAAGUGGCUAAAUGCGCUGUGAAUAUAAUAUACAAAUUUUGUAUUGAAACACAAGCAGAGGAUAAUAUUAUUUCCAUAUGGUGUUAUCCAUUAAUUUCUGGCAAAGGUUUGAUCUAGGAUUAAUGGUUGAAGUGGGUUGAAACAAAAAAGCACUUGGGGAUCAAUCAGUGGUUUUUGAUGAAAACACCCUCUUUUGGAGUUAGCCACCACUAACCAUGCUACCAGAAGAAGUCUGUGCGUGGAUGUGAUGAUAAAGUUUACAGCGUGCCAUUUUUGAGUGAUUUUACAACUUGUUACGUGGGACAGAAACAUUGUACUUCGUCAUUUAUUUGUAUAUAAAUAAAGUAUAAAAACUCGUAGUUAAUUAUUUAUAGAAAUAAAAUGUCAAACAUAAAUGGUGCUUUAUAUAGUUAUUAAAAAUGAACAAGGUAUAUAGCAAAAUUUUCUAUGCUAAUAUUUAUUGAAUGCCCUAUGUUAUUUGUAAUCGCGAAUUAAUUUUUUUUAUUAUGUCAACUAAUGCGCAUGCAGUUUUAAUAAUAUUCUUGAAUACACCUUUGUUGGUAGUUAAAUUCCGCAUUUGCAUAAACUUUGUAAGAAGUAUUGUUGUUUUUAACCAGUAAUAUGAACUAAUAAUUUCCGUUUUAUUAUAAUAUAAAAAUGGAUCAAUCAAGGAAUGUCUUAAGUUAUUAUUGAAUAAGUUAGGCAUGGCUGAAUAUAUUCAUAAAUAAUCUACAGGAAAUAUACCUUGUUAACGAUUUUGGAAAUUUGUAAUUACUUUUUAGAAGUUACAGGGUUUUGUAUGUCAAGAUAGUUGUUUCUAUAAAUGGACUUAUCUUACUCUUAUUGGAUAUUAUAAAACGUGUAUAUAUGCAUCAUCCUUGAUAUUGAUUGUCGACAUAUCGACAAAGCGGUCUAAAUGGUUGUGCAAUAAGAAUCGUUUUGUUUUUCCAUAUCUGAUUAUUAAAUUAUUUCACUGAUUUUAUUUUGAUGUUUAAUCUCCAAGCAGGGUGAUCCAUUCAUGAGAAAACUGGACAUAAAUGUCAAUAUAAAUAUCGUUUACUCUCCCCACCGCACACACGCAAGCACCAAAAAAUCAUAAAUUGGUUAAAUGUGAAUAAACUAAAAUUAAAUGCUUCUAAAACAAAAAGUAUGCUAAUAAGUAAAUACUUACAUGAAAAUACUAUCACAGUUAGGAUAAAUGCUGAAAUAAUUGAAAAAUUUGAAUCACUUAAAUAUUUGGGCAUAUAUAUUAAACAUGUUGCUUUUAUAGUGGUCUUAGUACGUAUUAAAAAAAAAUAGUGUGUAAUUCAAAUUCUACAGCAGUUACUAUAUUGCUCAACUAUUGUUCACUGGCGAUGAAGCUGUAUUGUCAAAAUUACAGGUCCUACAAAAUAAAGUUUCGAGAGUAAUAUUGAAUGAAAAUAAGUACACCAAAAUGAAAUCUGUUACAAGAAUUGCAAUGGUUUAUUUCAUAUCUUAUUUGGUUCAUAUUUGCAUUAUUAAAAUAAAAAAAAUCAUUUUUUUGCCACAACAUUUAGAACAUUACAUAAAAUUCAAUAAUUAUUACCACAAUUAUUAUACAAGAGAAAAUGUAGAUUUCCAUUUACAAAACUGCAAUAGUAAUAUAACUAGCAAAUUAAUAUUUCAGAAGGGAUUACUUGAAUUCAAUAAACAAAGUAAUGAUACCAAGUCUACUUGUAAUUUAAAGCUGUUUAAAAGGAAGUUACAGUAACAUUUCAUGGACAUUGGACAUUCUUAGAGAUAAAAGUUUUGUUUUUCUGAAGAUUUGAAUGUUACGUAAUUGUUGUAGUUUUUUGAAAAAAAUGUAAUUGUAACAAUCAUGCUAAAUACAUCUUAAACAAACAAACAAAUCUUCCAUAAUGAAAUAAAGUAGUCAAUUUAGUGAAUGUAACCUGGUAAUUCUGACGAGAAAAUCAGUUUUAUUUCAGUAACAAUUCAAUCAGUUUUGAAGUUGUGAUAUAAUGCAAAAAUUCUACCUGUUACAUAUUUUUUACCGCUACAGGGCUUGCUUUAAACCUCCAACUUGCUUGGUUUUGUGCGGCCGUAUCCUUUAGGUUGCAAGAUGGAAAUGUGGGGAAUAUACAUGGAUAUUGAAUAUCAGCUUAGAGCAGUUCUUGGAUUACCCUGUACUAAUCAUGAGUUGUGUUUUUCAUAAAUUGCAUUUUUGUUGCACUUCUGUUCGUCCUUUACGUGUUUUAUCAUGUUUUUGUUGUGCCAUGGUAAUAUUCAAUGGUAGAAUACUGUAUUGAUUGGAUUUUAAGUAAACGUUAACAUUCAUUGAACUUUAUUAUUGAUCUCUUUAAUGCCAUUACAGAUUUUCUAUGUUUUGUACUAUGGAUUAUAAUUUUAUUGAAACAAAAAAAAAACUAGUGAGUGUAGUCGAUAGACAUAUAUUCUAUUCAAAUGAUUUUAUUUAUUGCUUGAUAAAAUUAGACAUGGUUUUUGUAAAUCUCUUAAUUUAUAUUAGCUGUGUAGUGAUGCGCUUCAAUUUCACACUCUCUAUUUUAUUGAGAAAAAUUACGUGUGCAAUUCAUGGCUAUAUAAAUACGAGUAUAAAUGAUUCGACAGGAUGAGAAAGUAAAUCUGAAUUAGCAUAAUAUACCACUUUUAUACUUUUUAAUAUUUUUUAUAUCUUUUGUUAUAUACUGUAUACCUUCUACUCUUUUUAAACACGAUAUAUACCUAAAUAUUAGGGCUUGGCAAGUACAGGUUGUAGGAAAAAUUUGAGAUGGUUACGUGACUUAUUGAUUGGUAUGUGAUAGAAGGCACAUUAUUGUUUCUCAACUUUAUUUGUCGAGUAAUAUGUAUGUAUAUAUAAUUAUGUAGGUUAAGGUGAAAUAAAAUGGAUAUAGGAAAAUAAAAGCGAAUGUAAACAUGAA